AUAUCUGUAGUGCUUCAAAAUGUCAAUGGCGGUCAAUGGUUUGAUAAAUAAUAUAACCAGUUAAUAUAAAAAAUAUAUUUGUUUUUGAAAUGGCUUCGUUAAAAAGAAUAUUUUUUGGAAAACAUAGUUUUAUUAAUCAAAGGAAUUCAAUUUAUAGUUUAAUACAACAAAAUGGAAUGUCACAAUAUCCCAGUUAUUACAUUCAACCAGUGUACAGAAAGGAAGCUCAAGAAGAAUUGGAGAAAUCGGGCGAGAUAAUGAAAAUUACUCAUGUCCCUACAAGAGCAGCUUUAAAUGACCAAACCUCUUCUGUUUAUCAGGAUGAGCUUGUCAAUUUGUUUAUAAAUUAUGUGAUGAGAGACGGAUUAAAGACAUUGGCCAGGGGACUUGUUGAAAAAAGCUUUGAAAAUAUAAAAAGGAUACAGUUAGAAAAAUAUCAUAAAGCCAAAACAGAGGCAGAAAAGCAAGCAAUCGAAAUAAAUCCCAAAAAUAUAUUUCAUCAGGCUGUUAAUAAUUGCAAACCACUCCUGUAUUUAACUCCAAUAAAAAGGGGUGGUGUAAAGUACCAGGUGCCUGUGCCAAUUCCAGAUAAAAGGUCACAAUUUCUGUCCAUGAAGUGGUUAAUAGAGGCAGCCAGAGAAAAGGAAAGAACUGUACAUUUCCCAGAAAAAUUAGCUUACGAAUUGAUUGAUGCUGCAAGCAACACUGGUAAAGUGGUAAAGAGAAAACUGGAUUUACAUAAACAGUGUGAGGCAAACCGAGCUUAUGCACAUUACAGAUGGAGCUAAUAAAUCAAAUUACAACUGUA